AUGUCAUCAUCCAGUCCAACCAGUCCAAAUCGUCGCAAGAGCGAUCCUGUUGGCGGCGCUGGAUCACCGGAGCGGCGCAGAUCGAGCCGAAACUCAUCUUCCUCCAAAAACAAAGACAAAGAGCCUGCGCCGAAGGCUAAACAGCCUCAAUUAACUAACGGGGUCUCUUCUGAUGAAGGUGAGACUGUCAGUGCGCUAUCAGCUCAGGAUGGCUCGGCACCUAGCGAUCCUUCUCCUGACAAGGAAGAGGAGAAGAAAAGCAAGCCUGAGAAGGCCGCUAGUAAAGUGAAGAAGACCAAAAAGGACGAUGAUGUCGACGCAGAAGAUAACGACGACGAAGAUGAAGAGGACAGGGACGACGGACAGAACAAUCAAACUUUGGCAAGCAGGUUCAACCCAUGGAAGCCCGUACCCCGUGGUGAACCUUUCAGAGAGCCACCUUUUGACGACGCAUGGCUCCGGAUUCUUUCUACUGGGACAGACAAUCGUGGUAAUGAAUUUCCAUUGCCCGAUCUUUCCGAUCAGCCCCCAGCACGAACGAGCAAUGGGCAGAUAGUGCCAUCUCUCUGGGAGGAUCGCGGAAUCACUUUUCAGAAGGGACGAUAUAUAAAGGACGCCGACGACAACCGGAUCGAUCAAGAUGAGUAUCUGGUCCUCAAAUUGAUCGACAUGAGACCCAAGUCCAAGGAGGACCCAACACCCAGACGACAGCCGACGUACUGGGGAAACAAAAACGGUAUUCCUAAAGACUGGGACGAUACCUACAUGAUCAAGCAGCUCAAUGGGAGUCACCGUGACAACAUCAGGACAAUAUGCAAUGAACCAACUUGGUCGCAAGGCGAAGCUGAUUUUAUUGCCAGCCGAUUUACCGAUGAUGAAGACAUCUCCAUCAAGGAACUAGCUUAUCAAUUUAACAAUAGAUUCAUGCAGGACCAAAUCCCUUACAAGGAGACUUUCCCUUGGGAUGAAGUUCACAAGGGGCGUACUACUGAAAGUAUAAGGGGUGAAUAUCUUCUCCACAAGCAGCAGUACGAUCGUGGCGAAGCCCCAAAGAAGAGUGAAAUACGAGACAAGAAGUGGGUGCUGGCGAACGGAAAGACCUUCGAGGAGAUGAUGCUCGAUUACAUGGAGACAUAUAAUUAUGCCGGCGCAAAUGCGGUGAAGGUGAAAAGCAAAAACGGCAGCGAUGGCGAGGGUCAAGUCAAAGAAAAAAUGGUAUUGCCCGAAACUGAUGAUGCCUAUGAUGGAAACACAAUCAAACAGCUAAAGCAGCUGGCAGAGGACACAAAGCCAAAAGGUUUCCUGAAGGGGCUCACCAAAAAAGGCGAGAUGGUUGCCAAAUUCAAGAAUGACCAUCCGGGCAACGACAAUGAGACAGCUGUAGAGAAUGGCAAUGCAGCUGAAGGCGAAGAAAAAGAUGAUAAAGAUGACGAUGAAGGUCCGACUGAAGCCGAGCUUACCGCCAAUGAUGGCGUCGAGGUGCCUAAAUAUCGCGGCGGCUCGAAGAUAGGCCAGCCAUACUACGGGAGCAUGAAGAGCGCAUCGAUCCAACAGCUGCUUACCAACCGAGGCCUUCAAUUGCCCGCCGGGUUUGGCCGUGGCGCACACUUAGUCACACCGAACAAGCAGGAUUACAUCAAAGUACUAGAAGAUGAUGACGAGGCAGUAGGCAGGUACAAACAAAAGAAGCCAUCGACCAACAAGAAGAAGAAGAAGAGUUCUAAAUCCGCGUCGAAGACAUCAUCCAGCAAGAAGAGAAAGUCAUCCAGCUCUUCUACGUCAGUGGCUAAGAAGCAGAAGACAAAGCCGUCUGCCGACGCGGAAGCAGGAGGAGAGGAGGACGAGGAGGCGAACAUAUCAACAUCCAGUAAGAAGAGGACAUCGGUCAGCUCUUUAGAGCUGGCGAACAUCAGGAUGGAGAGGUGGAGGAUAGCUGAGGAGGCGAUCAUUCAGCCGUCAUCCCCGAAGCGUAAUUCAGCUACGUCGUCUUCCUCGAAGCGUCACUCAGAUAUUACGUCUUCGUCACCCAUUUCUCCCCGGAAGGCCUCCCUCAGGAACCAAAGCAGCAAUGUUCCCGGGGAUGUGGAGAAGGCAUUUCCUGAGGGCCUGGGGCAAAAACGCGAGCAGGUUGAGGUCGACGACGAUUUUGAGGUCGAUGGCGAGACAGAGACAGAGGCAGAGGCAGAGGCAGAGACAGAGGACGAGCAAACUGAUGCUUCUUUUGAGGAGUAA